AUGCUGGCUACCGAUACUGACCGCAGUACUGCCGAAAGUGCUUUGAACGACUAUGCGGACAAUCGUCGAGUAGUCUUUGAGUACAACAAGCAGAGAGCAGUGCUCUGGAUACGGCCUUAUACAACAUACGCCAAACUCGCUGAAGUACUUGGAGGGAUUUUCGGUAUUCCUGCCGAUCACAAGAUCACAUUUAUCUUUAGUGCUAAUGAGUCAGUCACGGGUGUAGCCGAUUCCGUUUCAUCGCAAAAAGAUGCGCAACUGGCAGCAGCUCGGCUGCCGUCGUCAGGAGUCGUUCUGCUCACCACCUCACCGCAGACAGCAUGA